CGGGGCCUCCAUGGAGCCGCCGCCGCGCCGGCUUUGAGCGGCGCCGGCCCAGGGCGGGGAGGGAGCGGCUGAGGGGAGGAAAAAAGGGAGGAAAAAAGAAAGGAAAAAAAAGAAGGAAAAAAGGAAGGGAGGGAGCAGCUGUUGCCGCCGCCAGUUCGGGCUCCGCGGGACCCCGCAACGCUUCGCACCAUGUCCAGCUCCGGAGAGACUCAUUCCAGCUGCUGGGCAGGGAACCACUGGAAACAGAGGAGGGAGAAUGUUGAUAAAACUGAGGAAGCUUUGCAGAUUACCAAGGGUGACUGCUGACUCACAUGCUAAGAGAGAAAAUCAGCCACACCAAAACAUCCCCAGGAGAUGCCAAAUGAGGACGACAUGAGCAGCGUUGACCUAAUGAACAGCAUCGGCCUAAUGGAGUUUUCCGAUGAGAUUCUUUUGCACAUCCUGAGUUAUAUCCCCAGCACGGACCUCAUUUUGAACGUGAGGAGAACCUGCAGGAAGCUGGCGACUCUCUGUCUGGACAAGAGUCUUACCCAUACAGUAUUGCUUCACCGGGAUUAUCAGGCCAGCGAAGACAAAGUGAAGCAACUCGUCCGAGAAAUCGGGAAAGAGAUCUACCAGUUGAACAUGGCCGGCUGCUACUGGCUGCCCGGCUCCACGAUUGAGCACGUGACCCGCUGCCGAAACCUAGUGAAGGUGAACCUGUCCGGCUGCCACCUGACGUCGGUCCGCCUGUCGAAGAUGCUGUCGGCCCUCCAGCACUUGCGGUCGCUGGCCAUCGAUGUCAACCCGGGGUUCGACGCCGCCCAGCUGAGCAGCGAGUGUAAAGGCACGCUCAGCCGAGUGGUCGAGCUUAAGCAGACGCUCUACACGCCGUCGUACGGGGUGGUCCCCUGUUGCACGAGCCUGGAGAAACUACUGCUCUACUUUGAGAUCCUGGACCGUACUCGGGAAGGAGCGAUCCUGUCCGGCCAGCUGAUGGUGGGCCAGAGCAACGUCCCCCACUACCAGAACCUCCGCAUCUUUUAUGCCAGGCUGGCCCCCGGCUACAUCAAUCAGGAAGUGGUGAGGCUGUAUCUGGCGGUGCUCAGCGACCGGACCCCAGAAAACCUCCACGCCUUCCUCAUUUCGGUCCCGGGCAGCUUCGCCGAGAGCGGGGCCACCAAAAACCUGCUGGACUCCAUGGCCCGCAACGUGUCCCUGGACGCCCUGCAGCUGCCCAAGUCGUGGCUCAACGGCUCGUCCCUCCUUCAGCACAUGAAGUUCAACAACCCCUUCUACUUCAGCUUCAGCCGCUGCACCCUGUCCGGGGGCCACCUGAUCCAACGGGUCAUCAACGGGGGCAAAGACCUGAAGAGCUUAGCCAGCCUGAACCUCAGCGGCUGCGUCCACUGCCUCUCUCCGGACUCGCUGUUCCGCAAAGCCGAGGACGAUAUCGACAGCAGCAUCCUGGAGACGCUAGUCGUGUCCUGCUGCAACCUGAAGCACCUGAACCUGUCGGCCGCCCAUCACCACAGCUCGGAGGACUUGGGGAAGCAUCUGUGCCAGCUUCUGGCUCAGCUCCAACACCUGCGGUCCCUCUCCCUGCCCGUCUGCUCCAUCACCGACUUGGCCUCGAAGGCGGACAAGCCCCCCCUGCAGACGGCGGCGGUGCCCCGGGGGUUUGGGAAGAAAGUGCGGAUCGGAGUGCAGACGUAUCCCCGGCCCUCCUCCGAGCAGGCGGCUCCCAGGCCGACCUCGGUUUUCUGGACCCUCCUGGAGAGCGUUCCCUUUUUGGAAAACCUGGAGUUGAUCGGGUCCAACUUUUCCUCCGCUAUGCCCCGGAACGAGCCCGCCAUUCGGAACUCGCUGCCCCCUUGCAGCCGGGCCCAGAACGUCGGGGAUGCCGAGGUGGCCGCCAUCGGCCAACUGGCGUUCUUGCGCAACUUGACUCUGGCCCAGUUGCCCAGUAUUCUGACGGGCUCGGGGCUCGUUAGCAUUGGGUUGCAGUGCCAGCAGCUGCAGACGCUGUCGCUGGCCAACCUGGGCAUGAUGGGGAAGGUGGUCUACAUGUCUGCCCUGUCUGACAUGCUGAAGCACUGCAAGCAGCUCAGAGAUCUCAGACUCGAACAGCCCUACUUCAGUGCGAACGCCCAGUUCUUCCAGGCUCUGAGUCAGUGCCCCUCUCUCCAGCGUCUCUGCAUCGUCUCCCGCAGCGGAACCCUGCAGUCGGACGCGGUGAUGUCAUUCAUGGCCAGCUGCCUCGGGGUCAUCAUGUGUCACAUGUUUACAGGAGAAUCCCUCACCGCCUGCAAGAAUCUUCAGCAGUCCAUCAUGCGGAGUUUCCAGGCCGACCGCCCUGCACUAAAUGUCGUCAUUUUCCCCCUGCUCCACGAGGGCUUGACUGAUGUCAUCAGAGAUGUCCCCAUGAUGCACUUGGAUGAGAUUACCUUGUUUAAAAGCAGAGUGGCAGAAGAACCUCCCAACUUGUGGUGGUGAUGGUGCUCUAGUGGAAGUGGGAUGGUCGGUAUCAACAGCUGAAACCAUUUUCUGGGGGCCUCAUCCUACUUCCCUCUCCCUCCUUGAGCUUAUGGCUGCCUUACUGGAUGCUUUACAAUCACUUCAGUCCAAUUGCACCCCAAAGCUAGAUGAGACCGGACAUUGCGCUGAACAUGGCUGCUGCUGCUAGUGCUCUUCGGUACUGUCCCGGAAAGUUCCAUCAGCCGUGUUUGGAUGGUUCCUCAUGGUUAAUGUCACUUAUUUGGUCUGUGAUGUAAGGAGCAAAAAAAACAAAAAAAACCCAACAACUCUCCUCAUCCCACUCCAUUUCACUCAAUAUGUUUCUGUAAAGCUUCUGUGUACUUUGGCAGUACGCUUUGUAUCCUCUGUUAUCUCAGGCACUUUUAUUUGUGACUGCUUGUUACUUGAUUGGUGCCGAGGGUUAAUCGUUAAUAGGAUUAUAUGAGGAGAAAUGAAGUGGGCAGCCUUUAUUGUGGAGAACUAGUAGAAGCAUGUAGUUCAUAUGGAUGGAGACAGUCCCUGAUACCCAGUCAGUACUGAGGGUGUUUAUAUAUUUGCACAUAAAAAAAGGUUUCAGGAUUACAUCUGGGAUGACUAAUGUAACUUGUUCACUUAUUUCCAAGGAUAAUGUUUUGUAAACUUCACUCUGCAAACCUUUUCAUGAGCAUUCUUCCAAAAUGAGCCAUUUGGACCAUUUAUUAUACAGUUUUGUAUGCAGGUUAUUUUCUUCCCAUUGUUCCCCAAAACUCUAAUAAGGUGCAAUGUGGUGUUUGUUUUGAGAAGGAGUGGUAGUUAUAAUCAGAUCACAGAGAUGCUAUACAGUUACACAUUUUCAAUAACUGUUGGUUUACAAAUCUUCAGUUAUCAUGCUUUAUUUCUACUGUACUAGCCACAUGACAGAACAAAUAUGACUUCUUUUGCUUUUUUAAAGCUCUCUAGUUCCAAAUGUUUGGCUCUUCUUCCAGUAAAAAAGGUUAUCAUCAUUGUAAUCCAGCUAUGUCUCAGAUUUUUAAAUUCACACAUCUUAAUAAAAGAAAGGGAUUGAGGAUUCACUUCCUGUUGAUUUUUGAAAUAAUCAUUUCUGAGCUAGAGUCAUAAAGGACCACUCCAGCUCAGAGUUUUUAGCCCAAAGAGUGGUGGUUACCUGUCACACAGGCGGCCCCAAACAUGAAUUCCAGCCCUAGGAGCUUACCUAAGGUGGCUUUCCAAGACUUGAGAGUAUCCUGAGAAGAUAUGUUUGAUUUCCAGUAGAGUAACCUGUAUUAAACUGAGAAAGAAAACUUGAGGCGUGGUAGUGGUCUGGGUGAUUUUUUUUGUAUGUAUGCUCCCCUCCCCCCGCCCAACCUCCCAAUUGCCUUAUUUAUUGAGCACUUUCAAAACUAAAGCAGCUGUUCCAAAAGUGAAUAACUUUGUAUGGAAAUGCAAAGGGCCAAAUGCUGACAGGGUCUCUUUCCUGUCUUAGUGUCUUAUUGGAUAAUCUUUCCUUCUGGCCUUUUCCACUCAUGAAUUGUAAUGCUUUCGAUACAAGUCUCUUAGCACCACUAGCAAGAUUAUGUGGCUAUUUGGUGGAGCAAGUCCCAGGAGGACUUCCCGAGGGAACACAGAAUUUCCCCAUGGGCCAUCGGAAGCCCUUUCAGUUGAUAUUUUCAGCUCAGCAAGGUCACUGCUUAAAGUUCUACAUUUGUGGUUUCUUUGCAGAAUGAUAGCAGACAUGGGGGCCUCCAUUAUUUUGUCAUGGCCCCAAGAGGAGAGAAGCUAAUAUGUCUCACCUUCAUGUCCUUCCUGCAAAUCUCCAGUUUCUCCUCCCUACUCCCUUCUUAAUGGUCAGAGAUUGCAGACCUAUCUUAAAACGGGAUAAUUAGAUCCUGGCCCAGUCUUAUCUGGACCAUUUGUGCGCAUGUAUGUAUCUGAUAUGACUUAUCUCCCCGUGGAUCAGAGAAUAUUCAAGCAGUCCCUACAGUGGCCAUUUUCCUGAUGAUUUUUUUUUAAUGAAUUAGUCAAUGUGACAAGUUGCACUCCUUGCUGAGCCAUUCUUGCCCGAGGUUCACCUUGCUGUUAACAAACCAGACUAGCUUGUCUUUUAGAAGAAGUUCCACGCUUUUAACCUCCACUCCUGAAAAAACGAACGUAAAUAUUUUUUCUUCCUCAUGAUGAAAUACAGAAGCCUCAACGCCAGAGAGAUUCUUCUAACCUCCUCCCUCUUCUGGCUGAAAGACUGGGAAGAGAGGAAAGCAAUUUUUCAUUCACUUUUAUAAAGAUUUGUGAUAGAAUUUUCCUAGAAAACCAAGAAUCUCACAGCAAUAGCAUUAAAUAAGGCCUUGACCAAAAUGCAAGUUUUGAAUGGAUCACAUCGUUUCUCAGUUACAAUUCAUGUAGAAAAUAUGUUGUUUUUCCACCAGUAGCCUUUUGUUUUUUUCUGUCACUGAAACAGCUCUCCUUUACCUCGACUCCCCAAAGCCUAGAAGUCAUUUCAUCUCCCCUUUCCCCAUGUAAAUAUCCCUUCUCUCCCUAAAUUAAUUGUUCUUGUUUUUAAA